AUGAUGAAAAUGGAAAAUCCAUUACAAAUAACUGCAUUUCCAUUGGAUUUAGAAAAUGAAAAUGAAAAAAAAAAAAUUAAAAAUCGUAAAGUUUUUUCCAAACUACCUUUUUCUUUAUAUCCAUCGGAAAUAAAAAAUUUAUCUACUACACAAGGAAGUUUAAUGAUUAAAAAUGAUGAUAUUAUUAAGAAAAAAAAUCAAAAAAAAUGUGAAAAAAAUCAUCGAAACAAAAAAAAAUUUAUGGAGCAUACUGAUAUUUUGGAAAUGUCAUGGAAUAAAGAUGAAAGAAUAAAACCUGCUCCAAUAGUUUAUGAAACUAAUGAUGAAAUGAAAGAAAAAAUAAAACAUAUGGAGGAACAACUUAUUUUAAGAAAAGAAGGAAGUAAAGUUCAUAGAUGUCCUAAUGAAUUUGAAGAGACGUCUAAAUUUGUAGCAUUACAAGUAUACUUCGCAUGGUUUAUUCUUUUUAUACAUGCAUAUUUUCGUGAAUUUUUACGUAGUACAGGUCUUGAAAAAUUAAAGUAUGCAUGUGAAUUAGAAUCACAAAAACAUUUUCCACCAUUAUUUAAUUCUUUUGAAUCAAUAUAUGCUAGAAAUUGUUAUAUUCUUGUUAGAGAUGUUUUUGAAAGACCUAUAGGUUCUUGCCCUGGUAGUACUGUUAAUCUUGUUGAUAGAAUUUCAUACGAUGGUAAUUGGACAUAUCAAUAUCCUGGUACUCAAACUAAUGUGAUAAAUGUUGGUUCAUACAAUUAUUUAGGCUUUGCUGAAACUUCUGGUCCAUGUGCUACAGCUGCCUGUGAAGCUAUUGAUGAAUAUGGUAUAUCAGUUUCAACGCCUCUUAGAAAAGGUGGUUCAUCAAAAAUACAACAUAAAUUAGAAAAAUUAGUAGCUGAAUUUUUAGGUACUGAAGAUGCUAUGGUAUUUAGUAUGGGUUUUGCAACAAAUUCUAUGAAUACACCAUGUUUAGUUGAUAAACAUUCUCUUAUCAUAUCGGACCAAUUGAAUCAUGCAUCAUUAAUUCUUGGUUGUAGAAUGUCAGGUGCCAGUAUACGUGUAUUCAAACAUGACGACAUGUUAUCGCUAGAAAAAACAAUUAGAAAUGCUAUUGCUUAUGGGAAUCCAAAAACACAUAGACCAUAUCAUAAGAUUUUAAUUAUAGUUGAAGGUAUUUAUUCAAUGGAAGGUUCCAUUUAUGAGGCUCACUCUAUUGGAGCAAUGGGUCCUUCUGGUAAAGGUAUUGUAGAAUAUUGGAAUUGUGAUGUUAAUGAUAUUGAUAUAAUGAUGGGAACUUUUACUAAAAGUUUUGGUUCUGCUGGUGGUUAUAUAGCUGGAAGAAAAAAAAUCAUAGAUCAUUUAAGAGUUACAUCAGCAACCAGUUAUUAUAGUUCACCAAUGUCACCACCUGUAGCACAACAAGUAUAUACAUCUAUGAGUAUAAUAAUGGGAAAAGAUGGAACAAAUGAAGGUAAAAAAAGAAUUGAACGACUAUCAAGAAAUGCAAAAUAUUUUAGAAGACAUUUAAAAAAAAUGGGACUCAUAGUUUAUGGGUCUGAUGAUUCACCUGUUGUUCCAAUACUUUUUUAUUAUCCAACACUUUGUGGAUCUUUUGGUAGAGAAAUGUUAGCUAGAAAAGUUGGUGUUGUUGUUGUUUCUCAUCCAGCAACUCCAAUGACAGAAUCAAGAGCAAGAAUAUGUUUGUCAGCAGCACAUACUAAAGAAAUGUUAGAUGAAGUUUUAAAACACAUAGAUGAAGUUGGAAAUAAAUUAGGAUUCAAAUUUAUGAAACAUUCAAAUAAAUAUAAAGAUCUUGAAAUUGAAUGGUAA